CAAAAACGGCGACUCUAGAGGAGACCGACCGUCCCACCUUCGAGGUCAUCAUACUCGGUGCCUCAGGUGGGCCGCUUGAGUUUGGUAUAUCCGGAAAUCUCGUCAAAUCCUAUGCGCAGCCGUGGAUCAAAGACUCGAUAGUCGCUAUCGACGCCGGCACUUACAUGUCUGGCAUUCAGAACGCUAUCCGAUAUUCCGACCCUUCUCUGUCCCCUCUUAUAUCUGGCUUUAGCGGCACCAACGUAAGCGGUCCCUCGCCUGUCUCUCCGUUGUCGUCGUUCCUGUUAUCGGCCCCAUCCCCCACACAGCCAAAACCUCCCGCGUCUUCACCUGCUCCUCUCGCCUCUUCUUCGCCAUCCCCUUCUUUUCCCGGUCCAAACUCGACCUCUGCGCCACAGUAUCUCGGUACAGGACUUCUUCCGUACCCGUGCAAACUCACGAAUGCAGCCUACGUCGCACGAGAAUUGGUCGCCGCCGUCUGUGUCACACACGCGCAUCUGGACCAUCUAGCGGGCUUUGUCAUAAACUCGUCAUGUUUUACGGCAGACAACCCAAAAGUACUCGCAGGACUACCCUGGGUGGUUGACUGUAUUCUCAAAUACAUGUUCAAUAACGUGAUUUGGCCUAAUAUGACAAACGAAGGCGACGAGCCGAUCGGCCUCGUCACUUUGCGAAGACUAGACUGUGCCGCCUCGUCGCAGCACAUUCGGACAAACGUCGAAGACACAAAGGCGUACUACGUGAAAGACACUAUUAUUUCCGAAGAAGAAAAUGAAGAAGAAGACGAGGACGCGCCGCCAAUUUCGCCGAUCGAUAACUCGUUCGAAGACGAAGAGCACUACGAAGCCAUCGCGAACGGGCUCGAAAUCCGCGCGUUCCCAGUCUCGCACGGAUGUCUGCAUCAGCAUGGAGGCGUUUCGCGCGCGUUCGAGUCCUCUGCUUUCUUCAUUCGCGAUAUCGCUUCGGGGAAAGAGAUUUUGAUGUUUGGUGACGUCGAGCCGGAUUCGAUCUCGAUUGAUCCGCGGAAUCGGCCGGUGUGGGUUGCUGCUGCGCGCAAGUUUGGAAGAAACAAGCUGUCUGCGAUAUUCAUCGAGUGCUCGUAUGCGUCCGUGCAGCCUGAGCACUCGCUCUUUGGUCAUCUGUCGCCGACGUUCUUGAUCCAGGAGCUCAAGAUGUUUGCCAGUCUGUUGAAGUGCGACAUGCCCGGUCAGUUGAUUGACGACAACACCACUACGACCACUGGUAGCAUACACUCACGCCAUGGGUCUCGCUCGUUUGACGACUUUACAUUUGAUCAGGAGCAGACUGUAUCCCACACACCGACCGGAUACGCAUCACCUUCUACAAACGUCCCUUCCGUUCAUUUUGCAGCUGACAACCCAAAAUACCUAUCGACCUCAAACGUGCCUUUAAGCGUUCAACAGCAGCUUCCCAGCAGCAACCAACAGUCACACCAGCUGAGCCACCCGUACAGUUUGCACCCUCAUCCCCACUACCAUCGCCAUUCAAAACACAAGGCCAUGCACCAGUACUCGCCCGCUACCUCCCGCCGGGCGUCGUCAGUCAGCGUGAGCAGUAUGGGCAGUGGGGGCAGCAUACAGUCUCCUUCGUCGACGCCGCUACUGCAGGGCUUUUCUGAGCCGCCGCCAGAAUUGGAUGCGCCGGUGGUUUAUCUGCGGAAUCCGCCUACAGCGUCGGCUAACGCGUCCAGUGGCAGCAAUGCAAAUUACAACAGCAGCAAAUUGCAAUCGCAAAGACGUACGAGUCUACUGAGCAACCCGCCAUUUCGACCAGGAACCUCUCCAGAAGAGUCGACAGUCUCAGAACCGUCUCCACAGCAGCAGCAACAGCGAGGGUCAGCCGCAAGCGAUUCACUAGGUCCGUUGGCUGGUCUUAUCGUCGUUAUCAAUCAUGUCAAGGGACUGGUUGACGGCGACCAGGUGCUUGCAGCGGGUGGUGGUGAGUUUGUGAAUCAGUCCGGAUCUGGGCCGCUGUACGCAGAGGACAUUAUCCUCGCCGAGCUCGAGACCCUCUUGAUGGAAGAAGAGGAUUUGGCUGGAUUGCGCUUUGUGAUGGCUCGAACCGGACAAAGUUUGGUAUUCUAGGUCUAGGAUUCAUAUGUAAUCGAAAUAUGCUUUGAUUUGUUGUACUUCCAUAAGGUCAAGGUCAGGGGAUCUUUUUUCAUCUCUCGUUUGUUGGAGUUUUGCAGUGGCUGCGUUAAUUGUACUCAUAUACCCAGUCCAAUUUUUGAUUCUAUACAUCAGCCAAAUCUAUAUGGCGA